AAACGUCAACACAAUAACACAAUUUUUUGUUUGUUUCCGUGGACGUUCCUCGGCACUGUCCACAAUCGAUAAAGGAAAAAGGAUAAUUUAGCUAGUUUUGGUGCAUUUUUUCGUUCUGACCUGUCCGUAGUCAGGUCGCUGAAAUGGCAUCCUCGUCGAACGGUAGCGGUAAUUUAGUGGAUGAGCUCGAGGAAGCAUUUCAGUCUUGUAUACAUGCCCUCACCAAGGAAGAAUCGGCUACCGGUAUCGACAAGGAUGAAAUUAAGGUGGAGGUCGAUCAAACCACACUCAAGUUCAUCGACCUGGCCCGCCAGAUGGAAGCAUUCUUUCUGCAAAAGCGAUUCCUGCUGUCCGCCCUCAAACCGGACCUACUGCUGAAGGAGGAAAACUUUGACCUGAAGCAAGAGAUAGGCCGCAAGGAUGAGCUGAUACGCAAGCAUUACGAAAAGAUCGAAUCCUGGAAACAGUUGCUGUCGGAUCAGCAAAAUUUCAACAAACCGAUACAAUCGAUGCCACCGGAUAUGCGUGGCAAUCUGGCGGGUGGUGCACGUGCCCCGGCCGCGCUGAUGGCUAGCGGUGGCAUGAAUCUGCCAAUGCAGGUCAGCAAAACACUGCAAAACCAACACCAACAGCAGAUGCAACAAAUGCAGGUGCAACAACAGCAGCAGCAACAGAUGCAGCAGCAAAUGCAACAAUCCAUGCCGAUGGGUGCAUCGAACGCGCAGCUGUUCCAGCAGGGUGGGAUGCCGCGCGGUGUAGGACCGGCGGGGUCGGGUGCCGGAUUUCCGCCCGGUGCCGGCCCGAACCUGCAGGGCCCGUUAGCGUACCUGGAGAAAACGGCUAGCAAUAUAGAUCUAGUGGGCCUUGGCGAUGGUCGAAGGUGACGCGGGCGGGGCAGGGGACGCGGUAGAGGUCGGGGCCGAGGAAGAGGUCGUGGACGCGGCAGUGUGGCCGAGUUCCACAGUGGCCCACUAACCUGAGGCUGGGGCAUGGGCGGGAUGGAACAGCGGGAGGGCAUUGUUUGCCAACCCGGCCCGGACAACAUCCUCCAUCCAACCAUGUCCCCCCUCGCCAGAGCUCGCGUAUUUCUUCGUCUACCGGUUGUGGUGCAUGGUUAGGGGCCCUCGGCCGUCAAUCAAACCGU